GGAAAACAGUGUCCUCUGAUACAAAAAAAGGUCUGUAUAUAAAUACAACUUGGUCAAAAUGGAAGAAGGAAAUCCGUUAGCAAAGCUAGCUAACCGUUAGCACCGAGGGCUACUGUCAGUUGGUGCCCAUUGUUUGAGUAGGCCAGGAUGGGGGUGGGGAGGCUUGUCUGUUUUUUCUCUCUUUAGCUGUGCCUUUUCACUUUUUCCUUCAUGUUCAUUUAACAAAAAUGAAAUGAACACGUUUUCUCAAAGCAGAAUAUUCACACCAUGCUCAUUGUAAUCGAAUGAUUGAUUAAUUAGCUUUAGCUAACAGGCAUCUUGACAGGUUAGAUGUAUGUGUAUCCAGUUCAACACUGGGCUCCUUGGCAAAGCUGCUAGCUUAUGAAAAUAAUAGUACGAUCACUAGGGUGUCUGAAGCAGGCAUUAACAAAUAAAACACUAUACUGACUGCUGGUUUAUGUGACCACUCUGGCCAUCAUUGAUCACAAGCUGUCAGUUGCACAGGUGGAGUCCUUUUGCGCAACGCUGUAAAAGCCCAUCAGAUAGGGAUGGGGGAAGGGUAAAGCACUGUGUCUCUUUCUCCAUUUCACACAAGAACAAAUGCAUCAGACUUAUAAUUACCCAAAGAUUAGAUUGUCUAGUUUGUCUAUUAUAUGUUGGAAAUGGAAAUACAGACUGAGUUCUUCUUUAAAUCAGAGGAUCUAAACCUAUCCUGGUUCGGUAUCUAUGAUGUAGUGUUAAAUAAUCAAGACAAGACACCUCAUGUAGAAAUGACUUUUUUUUUUCAUAAAAAGAUCAGGAGACAAAUCAUCAGACAAAAAGCUUAUUUUUACUUUUUUAAUAAUUUUAUUUUAUUGUCUUAAACUUUGUAUUUGUAUUUGUGUCUGUAUGUGUACAUAUGUGUACAUACAUCGAUCUACUUGUAAUGUUUGGAACAGUCCGUGAGACAAGUUGUCACCUGAGACGUGUUCCUGUUUGUUACUCGUGAGUCAGAUUUCUUUUUCACUCAAAGUUAAUAAGACCAAAAAAAAGGUUGUCAUGUCACUGGGAAACCACAAAGCGCAAACUAUUUCAUCCUGAAGACUGUUGGACAACUUGACUCUGACGCUGACACUGACUGACACUGGAGUCUCCUUCCUUAAAGGUUAAAGGUCGAGCAAAACCAUGAACCUCUGCUCCAAGUGUUUUGCAGACAUCCAGAAGAAGCAACCAGACGAGGACUGCUCUUCAGAGCCCGCCCCCAGCUCCAGCAAUAGCCAAUCAACCGUCUUCUGUAACGAGUCAAGCAGCAGCAGUAGCCAAACCCUGUCCUCCGGCUCCGAGGGGCCGUCCACAGACACCACGCCUCUCUCCAAACAAGAAGAAGUCUCGAGUACAGACACAGCCCGAGGCACGCUAUCUACUCCCACGAAACGGCCCUGUGAUGCAGCUUCAGGUUCAGAGAGCGAGGCCUCCCCAGAGAAGCGGGUGCGCAUUGGCGAGUCCUCUGAAGAUUCUCAGAGAGGCCCUAAGCAAAAGAACCGCAGGCGCUGUCAUCGCUGCCAAACCAAACUCGAGCUCGUACAGCAGGAGCUGGGCUCAUGCCGCUGUGGAUACGUAUUCUGCAUGCUUCACCGGCUGCCCGAGCAGCACGACUGCCUGUUCGACCACCUGGGUCGCGGGAGAGAGGAAGCCGUGCUCAAGAUGGUCAAGCUGGACCGCAAGGUGGGCCGAUCCUGCCAGCGCAUCGGAGAGGAGUGUUCCUGAACACACAAACACGCGCGCACACAUGCAUACACAAACACACACACGAAUCUACACACACACACACCUGCAUACACAUACUUAUAAUGUAUAUUCCCCUUCCACUCAUAAGUCCCCUGAUUCAACUGAGGCCAGUGGUGCUUAAAUCCUCAGUGCUGAACAAUGUAACACACACCCAAUGUAACACUUAGCACUGUUCCCCUCACACACAGAACCUCCUGGCCGUGACACACCUCACAACUGUCUUAAUCUACUUCCCGUGGGACACUUUCUCACAAAGGAAAGAGAGGAGACGCUGUAUGUAAUCUGCGGUUUGGCAUGAUUCGAUUCCCCAGUCCAUCAUGAUUAAAAUGUCAAGUAAUAGUAAUAAUAGUGACCCAAUCUCAAAUUAGCUGUUUAAGUAUAGGUCAAUAGUCAUUCCCAAAUUCCCCAAACCUCCCAUCAGGCCUCAAACGUUGAGGAAAGCAUGAUCUAUGAUCAGGGAACGACCUUUGACCUCACGAGAGGAACGGGGUUCCAGCACCUAACCUCGACCACCUUUCAUCCACGACCUCCUCCGGUCUCCCACCUCGUUUCUGAAUCAGAAAUGGAGUUCGAUAUGGAUCACGCGCCCUCACGUCCUUCACGUUGGCCUUCCAGAUGCCCCACUGCUGUCACUUUCAAGGCAGCGCCACACCUCUAGUUCUCACUACACGUGCACACACAUACAGACACACACAUACACACACGUACAUACACAUAGGCUGUUUUGAUAUUUGUUCAUAUACACACAAGCCACAUGUGGUCUGUGUGUGCCCAGCACAUGGACAGAAGCUAAAUCGGUACCCUUCGGACCGGGUUCAUUUGGGAUCGUGCGCCCCAGGGCUUUAUGGGAACUGUAGUUCAGGUCUACAUACACCUCUGUAUACUUACAGCUCCACUCAGACCCCUUAAUAAUGUAUUUAGUUACGCUCUGCCUCCAGAAAGUUACAGUUCUCAAAAGGAAUCUUUACUCCUUUCAGUUUGUUCUUUCUCUUUUCCCUCUGAUUCUGGCUCUCCUUUUCAUUCAUCCUUGUCUCACUCCCCCCCCCAAGCACACAGUUUUCCAGUUUGUCACUUAUUAUAAUUAUUAUUAUGAUUUUAUUAUUUUUUUUCUUCCCCAAGUGGCUUUAGGAGGGACUGUGGUUUGAAGGUUGGAGGCAGAGUGCUGAAUAUACCGAAUAUAUUUUUUUUUAAAGCUGUUUUUUUUUUUUUUUUUUUUUUCUGUUUGAAAGGACAGAGCCGAAGACAAUACGUGAAUAUCCUGUAUCUUAAAGAAAUCUUUAUUUAACCAUCUUUGUGUUUCUGAUUAACUCGCACUAGCAUAGAGCUGCGUUUCUUUUCCCUCUUUAGGUUAACAUUGUUAAAGAGAUAAAAAAUCAGUAUGGAUAAGAUAAUUCUGUAGCCUUUCUUUGGGUUUAUGUUUUUUUUCUUCUUUUUUCUCCUUUCCUUCUUUUUGCUGAAAAAAAGAAUAAACUGGAUUAGUGAA